AUGGCGAGAAGACGUACCAAGAAGCGGACCCAGGCUCACGGCCAGAAUGAGGCCGCUAAUUCGAAAAAUGCCGCUUCCCAAUCGCCCAAGUCGAUGGUCAUUCGAGUUGGAGCAAGUGAAGUCGGUUCAAGUGUCAGCCAGCUAGCCAAAGAUUUUCGCUUGAUGAUGGAGCCAGACACAGCGAGUCGUCUUAAGGAACGAAGAGCCAACAAGCUCAAAGACUACGUUGUCAUGGCAGGACCGCUCGGCGUCACGCAUCUCAUUCUAUUCUCAAAAUCAAGCACUGGAAACACAAACAUGCGCCUCGCCCUAACUCCUCGCGGUCCAACGUUUCAUUUCAAAGUGGAAAACUACUCUCUCUGCAAAGAUGUUGCCAAAGCUCUCAAACACCCCCGCGGCGGUGGACAGGAUCACCGAACACCUCCUCUUUUAGUCAUGAACAACUUCAAUACCCCCGACGCCGACGAAAACUCCAAGAUACCCAAACGUCUAGAAUCGCUUGCCACGACUGUUUUUCAAUCUUUAUUCCCUCCUAUCAACCCUCAGGCUACACCACUGACUUCGAUUCGCCGUGUGAUGAUGGUGAACCGAGAGAAGUCGCCUAACGAUGAUUCUUAUAUCCUGAAACUUCGCCAUUACGCAAUUACUACGAGAAAGACUGGUGUUUCGAAGAGGAUACGUCGCCUCGACCCGACUUUGCAAAGACAUAAGGAUCCCAAGAAGAGCUUGCCUAAUCUGGGCAAAUUGGAGGAUGUUGCUGAUUAUCUUCUCGAUCCCGCCGCUGGCGGUUACACGUCGGCCAGCGAAACUGAGCUGGACACGGAUGCCGAAGUCGAAAUCACCGAAAGCACAACCAGGAAAGUGCUCAGUCGGCGCGAGAUGCAGCGGGCGAAAGCAGGCGAAAAUGUAACGGAUAAGCAGUCCGGCAAACCCAAUGUCGAAAAGAGGGCUGUCAAAUUAGUCGAGCUAGGACCUCGUAUGACAUUACGAUUGAAGAAAGUCGAGGAAGGACUAUGUGGCGGAAGAAUCAUGUGGCACGAGUUCAUCUCCAAGUCGGAGAAAGAGAUCAGGAAGAUGGAUGACGAGUGGAACCGGAGGAGGAAGGAGAAGGAAGCGCGCAAGAAGCAACAGAGGGCGAAUAUUGAGAAGAAGAAGCAGGAUAAAGCUAAAGCAAAAGCCAAUGGGCAAGGGGGUGACAAUGCUGAUGACGAUGAGGAUGUUAGCAUGGACGAUGAUUACGAAUGGGAUAGUGACGAGUAUGACGAGGAAGUCGGUGUUGAGCAGGACAGCGAGGAUGAUGGCGGUGAUGACGACGAGUCUAUGGAAGAGUAG